ACUAAGAUGCCACACCAAAAAAAUAAAUAAUUGAGGGAGGGAAGACUUCACUCGCGAAGACUUCACCCACUAUUUCUGCUUGCACUCUUGACCUCCCAUGACACUUUCUACUGUCUCUCUCCCUCACAUCACAUUCACAGACUCGGAGAAAAGUGGGUAUUAGCUGCAUGACCAUCAUGAAUAGGAGAAUUGUCCAGGAAAUUUUGCCCGUAAUUGUGAUAGGAUUUCUUAAUGACUGGCUACUCCGUGUAUUCAUUUUAGUCAGCCUCUUCUCACAAAUAGAGCUCCUCCUCCUGGGCAACAGGAGAAAAUAUACACCAGGAAACUGGCUUAGAUCCAUCAUUUGGCAAGCUUACACAACCAAAGAUGCGAUAAUUGAUAUUUCUAUUGGCGUACUCUUCACGUGCCAAGGAGCUAGUGAAGAUAACUCAUCACAACAAAACGACAUGAUAAAGGCAUUUUGGCUAGCAUUUCUGCUACUGCACCUUGGAGGCCCGGACACCAUCACAGCCUAUUCUUUGGAAGACAAUGAAUUAUGGAGAAGACACUUGAUUCAGCUAUUCCUGAAGUCUCUGUGAGCAUCGAGCAUCUUUUUAAGGUCCUGGAAGAGCACACCACUCAAUAUUAUAACCAUGCCAAUGUUUGUGACAGGACAGAUCAAGUACGGGGAGAAAACUUGGUUUCUAAGGUCCGGAAGCUACGAUCAUUUUAGAAACCCGGACUUGUACCCGUACCCGGACCUGUACCCGUACCCGUACCCGGACCCGGUCCCGGUCCCGGUCCCGGUCCCGUACACGUGCACGUGCACGUACCCGUACCCGUACCCGACUAGGGGCUGUGCUUGUGCCACAUUCAUGGCAGGGUGUAAUGGGCUUUGUUGUGCCGCAUUCAUGGCAGAGUAUGAUGGGGUCAGUUAUGCCGCAUUCAUGACAGAGUGUGAUUGCAAGAAAGCUGAGGGAUAUUGUGUUUCAUGCCAGCCAGAAAGUGAAAAUCCUGAGGUGGUGAAUAUACCUUCGCCAGACCCCAGAAAUGAAAGUAUCCUAGUUGCAGCCCCUUUGCAAAAGGCUUUUGAAUUCUUCCCCAAGUUCAAGCGUUUAUUUACAGAUGUCGUCCUUGAGCCGACAGAUCUUGAACAAAGCAAGUCCUUCUUCAAUAAUAUAUCUUGGAAACAAGCUUUCGAAGCGAUUGAGAUUGAGCUUGGGUUCAUUUAUGACAUCUUCUAUACCAAGCCAAUGAAGGUUUAUGAUGAAUGGGGUUUGGUACGCCGUUUCAUCUGUCUAUUUUCAGAAAUCUCAACAUUCAUCGGCUUCAUGAUAAUUGACAAGCAUGAGUACUCAACUACUGACGUGAUUAUAACAUGGUUGUUGCUGGUUGGAGCAAUUGUUCAGGAGAUUUAUUCUAUUAUUCUACUGUGUUCCUCUGACUGGACCAUGAAUUGGUUGAACAAGCAAGGAAAAACACGAGUGACUCGGAUCUGCAAAGCCAUAUCGAGUUGCCGACUACCUUAUCUCUUCCCUGCAAACAAGAGAUGGUCUGAUUCCAUGGCACGGUACAAUCUAAUAAGUUACAGCCUCAAAAAUUUGCCUAUCAAGUUCAGUGAGGUCUGGAAGUUCUUUUGCAUUCCUCGGAUGUUGGAUGAAUGUUCUUCUAAGAAUUCAGAUGUCCCCAAAUAUUUGAAAAUUUUGAUCUUUGAACAGCUUCAGAAGAAAUCAAAGCAUACCCCAGGCAUUAAGGAAGCCAAGGAAUUAUGUGCUGACAGAGGAAAACGGACACUAGAAGAGAUGAAAUGUUUCUCUACAUUACAUUGGAGCAUUGAGGGAGAAUUCGAUAAGUGCAUUCUCGUCUGGCACCUAGCAACUGAUCUCUGCUACGAUACUGAUCUAAACAAAAAAUCAAGCCCUGCCAAGAACUCAAACCGUGAAGCAAGCAAGCUGCUAUCAGAUUAUAUGGUGUAUCUUCUGGUCAAGCACCCUGUUAUGUUGCCUGAUGGAAUUGGACAAAUCCGAUUUCAAGACAGCUGUGCUAAGGCCACGGAGAUUUUUAAGUGUGUAAAAGAUAGAAUCCAAGCUUGUGAAAGGUUACUUCUUCAAGUGAACACUGAAAUUCCACCAUUGAAAGCGAAAGGAGAUGGAAGCAAGUCAGUGUUACUCGAUGCCUGUAGGCUGGCCAAGUCUUUGCAAUCUCUGGAGUCAGAAAAAUGGAACAACGAAAAGAAAUGGGAGAUGAUGAGUCAUGUGUGGGUAGAGAUGCUAUGUUAUGCUGCAUGUCACUGUCCACGGAAUAAACAUGCCAAGGAGCUAACGCAAGGUGGAGAGCUGCUCACUCAUGUCUGGCUUCUCAUGGCUCAUUUUGGUAUUACUGAACAUGUAUGCCAGGAUUAGGCUGGUUGUGAAUUAGGAAUGCUGAUGACAAAGAGGUUGGGUGGAUUUUCUCCAUUUCCAUGGAAAUUCCUUUUUUCUCAAAAAUGGUUUUCAAUCCUUUCAUGCAAAGGAGUUUCAAUUCAGGUGGUGAGAGUUCCACCAUUGUUGCAUUUUCUUUAAGUUUCAUUUUGAAGGUGGAGUCUUUCACCAGAAUUGUUAGUCCCAUUUGUGCUUUGUUUUAUUUAAGGCACAUAUGUAGAAUAUAUAUAUGCACCUCUUCCUUACUGUGUUA